AUGGGUGUUCUGACGACUAUAGAAGGCGAUAUCUCAAAGUUGUUGCUAUACGGCACAGUGACGAUUAUCUUCCUUAUUAUUCUAGCCUCAAAACUGAAAGAUGGCAACAAGACGAGAUUAUCGAUCCCGCAUGCUCCUCGCCUCCCGUACAAACUACCCUUUGGACUAGACAUGGCAUGGAACCUAAUAACGCGCCUUCACUCCAACACAUUCGUCGAAUACAUCUGCGAUGAAGUUCUCUCCAUACCGGGCCGCACAGUCGAAAUGAACCUACUCGGCAGCGACAUUUUCAUUACCGACCGAGCCGAGAACAUCAAGGCUAUUCAGGCAGAUCAGUUUGCGGACUUCGCCAAAGGUCAGACGCCACAUGAUGUGUUCAGUAGUAUCUUGGGGGACUCGGUGUUUACCACGGACGGGCCUUUGUGGAAGACGAGUAGGGAGCAAUUAGAGCCGCACGUGUCGAGAGUGCGUCCGGAUGAUAUUCCUACCGCUGAAGUUCAUAUGCAGAAGCUUUUAAGAUUGGUCGAGAACUCACUCGAAAAGGUGGAUGUGUACGACAUGGUUGACAGGUUCCAACUCGACCUAGUCUCCCAAGUCUUCCUCGGCGAAUCCACAAACUCCCUCUCCGCAAACGAACAACCCUUUCGCAAAGCCAUGGAAAAGCUCCUUACGUUCAACACAAACCGUCUCCUUUUCGGAAGCCUCGCAAACCUCUUUCCGGACUGGCUCUUCGCGCCGCGAGCCUACCGCGACCUAACACGCUACAUUGACGACCUGAUCGAGAAGACACUAGCCCUCCCAGUCAACAACCAAACCGACGUGAAGACAGAAAAAGAGUUCAAUCUAGUCGAAGACCUCGUGUCUACGCAUCCGAAUGAUCGAUAUUUCAUCCGCGGCCAGCUUAUAGCCGUGUUGAUGGCAUCGAAAGACCCCGGUGCUAUUCUAACGACAUGGACUAUAUACCACCUCGCCCGCGACCCAGUGCUGUACAAGAAGCUUCAACAAGAAGUGGAAGAGCACAUCGGUCUAGACUCCAUUCCUACCCCCUCCCGACUCCGCAAGCUAGACCUCCUAGCCAACACAGUCAAGGAAUCAAUGCGCAUGUAUCAUCCACUCGGCCUUAACAUCCGUGAAGCACGUACCGACGCCAUUCUGCCUGUUGGCGGCGGCCCGGAGGGGAAAGAACCUAUUUCAGUGUCGAAAGGACAAAUCAUAGUGUACUCAGUCGCAGGCCUCCAACGCAACCCUACGCUGUACGGCCCAACGGCACACAUUUGGGACCCCUCACGCUGGAGUGCAUGGUCACCGAAAUAUGGAACUUAUUUGCCAUUCAGCAUUGGCCCGAGACAGUGUCCUGGGAGGGUGUUUGGCAGGUUUCAGAUUCAGUAUGUGCUUGUGAGGUUAUUGCAAGAGUUUGAGCGGAUUGAGUGGUGUGGUCUUGGUGGUGGAAAGGACGGGACAGAGGAGAUGAAGAUUAAGGUUGAGCUUAAUCUCAAAUGCGCAGAGCCGGUGGUCUGUAAAUUUGUGCCGAGAAGGAAGGAUGUUGUCUAG